AUGGGCUGCGGGGCACUCCUGGCCACGGGCUGCCUGCUCUGCCUCGUAAUUGCAAAGAACCCCAAUGGAAUCGCUGUGGCAGGCUCAAGUUUCAGGAGGAGUCAGCAGCUUUCCUGUGUGUUUGAGACAAGCAAAGCCAUCCCCCCGUCCAAAGAACUGGAGACCAUUAGGCUGAAUGCCAGGCUGCUGCUGAGUGGGACCAAACCAGAGGAGGCUCAGAGAUCUCGCUCAGAAGAUCAUCCACAAUAUAACAUCCCCUCAUUUGUGGUAGAAGAGUCCUCAGUGGAUAUUCUUCAGCAUACGCACGAGGAUAUCGACACGCUCGACUGCAGGAUCAGCACAUAUUUCACUACCGACACUCAGAUCAUCUGGCCUGGGAGAGAAGUCAGAGGCAGCAGUUCAGACUCGUGGUUUAUCUGCACCAUAGAACACACAGCUGAAAAGCACAGGACUACAGCCUUCCUUAUGCAAACCCCCGGAGAAAGGGAGAGCCACAGCCAAGGGCAGCCUACACAGGAAAUCGCACAGCAGACUCAUGUUUCAGCCGUGUUCCUGGUGCACACGGGAGCCUCUGCAGUGCGGUCAGCUCUGUCCAAGGACGUCUUGUUUGACUGUGCCUUCUCCAUCGACCACCAAGCAGCUGUGACCGUCCAGUGGAUACUGCAUCGGAAAGGAGGGCUCCGGAAACUCCUGUUCAUUUAUAAUGGAUCUCGUAAAGUGGUGGAACACGCAGCUGACCGAGCAGAGAUGUUCCUAGAGGAAAUCCCCAACGGGAAUGCCUCUCUCUUGCUCAGAAAGGUGGGAAUGAGAGAUGAAGGAACAUACUCUUGCUCAGUGUCAGUGUCGUCUCUUACCUGGGAACAGACAAUCCAGCUGCAAAUAGAAGAAAAACCCACAGUGUUCGUCAAUGCCGACUCCCUGUCCCUGGUGGAAGGAGAGCAGCACAAGCUGAUCUGCGACAUGAGGAACUUCUACCCGCUCGGUGCCCAGGCCGUGUGGCUGCGGGAGCUGCAGGGCUCCAGGCAGGUCCCAGAAGUGGUGAGGAAUGUUUUCUCCAGCAGCCACAGGGAGAGCAGCAACGGCACAUACAGCUUCUCCCGAUACUUCCUGCUCACGGCCUCGCUGAGGGACAACGGGCACGUGUACACGUGCCGUGUGGAACACCAGAGCCUGCAGACCCCCAUCAGGAGAAGCAUCAUUGUGAAAGUGAGAGAAGGAACCUCCCUCGUCUGGCUGCUGCUCGUCCUCCUGGGCCUCUCCGUGUGCCUUGCUGUGCUGCUGCGCUACCUUCACAGAGUAAGGAGCACUGCUAAGCACAAACCUUAUUAG